AUGUUCCUAGGGGAAAUCAGGCCCCUUGCGGUAGAGCAACGCUUCAAUAUCCGCAAAUCAUCGAUCAGUUCAGCUGAAUCAAGUAUCCAGGGAGCUACGGAGGUGAUUGGGAACAUGUUGUCGGUCAACUUUUCCACCCCGCUUACCGGGCCUGCCCGGUCUGAAAGGAUCAAGCAAAUGUCUAAUAACCACCCGGCAUAUGAGAAAUCGCGUUUAACGCAAGAGGUUUUGGUCAAGAUACAGCACUCUUUGAGGCGAAUGCCUGGCGUUUCCGCAAAAGAAUCGGCCGAAAUCAUUCAAAGCCUAAUAGAAGUUGGUCAGGUCAUCAGCCAGGAAACUAGUGCACUCGUUAAAGCUGUGAUGAAUCUUCAUCUUGACCAAGAAGAUACGGAUAAAGCCAUUGCUCGCAUGAGCAUCGAAGCGAAUCUUGCCAAGGCUAGAACUGAUGAUCAGAGCCAAACGAUCAACAGCCUCCGCGAAGAGCUCAAGGCCGAAAAGGAGAAACGGGAACAGGCUGAGUCUACCCUCAAGAAUAUGAUGGAAGGCAUAGUGGACAUUGCCGCCGAGCUCAAGCAGUUGAGGGAUAAGGCUGACAGGCAGAAAUCCGACUCUUCAAACAAUUCACCCACUACUGACGGUGAAUUUGUCGUCAAGACUCUCGACAACAUGAUCCAGAUUUUGGAAGACCAAGUCAAUAAACAUCAUGUGCCUUGGGUUGGCCCUGUGACUCGAGCCAUCGAGCCUAUCAUCGAAACUGGUCCAGCUAGAAAUGGCUAUCACAGGCCUCUGGUGCCUCUACAGGAAGAGACUUCGGGCGACGGGAGUGUCUUCAGCGAUGUUCCACCACCUCCCCGGGCUGCUUCGGCUUUUCAGCCUACUCAUCGCCCUCCUAUGGGACCGCCGCCGCCGCCAAAGUUUGGACAGUUCCAGGGCAUACCACCUCGGCCUCCAACAGCCCUGUCUCACGAGCGCCGAAGUGCCAACGCGUGGAACCUAGUUGCGCCUAUCCAGGGCGGUAGGCCAGGCUCCUUCAACAACAAGCCCCAGUUCCCGGGUCCCCCUUAUGGCCGGGCUCCCUCUCGCCAAGGGUUCCAGAACAAUCAUCGUUUUCGGCCUGAUAGUUUCCCCCAUUCUGCAUUUGCGCUGCCAGAGAACCCACCUCCUAGGUCCAACAGCGCAUUUGCAUAUGGGCGUGACUAUUUCCCUAACACUCCAACAGGUCCAGGCCGUGGCAGAUAUGGCGGCCGUCUGCGUGACAACAAUAUGCCGCCGCCUCCUUCACUAGAUUUCGCUGCCUCCUCGUCUAGUGGCUCUACUUCUGGCCCUGCUAGCACCAUCGCCAACCGCAGCCCAUACUCUAGUCAGCCGAUCACGGUCACAGAACAAACCGUCCAGGCGUGGCAUGGGUAUAUGAUGCAUUUCUAUGCGGCCAUUCGCAACUUUGUUGAGCGUCAUGCCAACAAUCCCGAUGUCACAGGGGAGGUGAAGCUGAGCCAGACUCAUCUGUGGCCGAUCCUGCUUGCCACAUACUUUCCCCUUUCUGAGCAGGAGGCCGAAUCUUACCUCGAGUUUCACGUUCGCAGCGAGAAUUCUAAAUCAUGCAUCGUCACUCGAGUCGUUAUCGAUUUUGUCGUGAACCGUGUUUGGAACGCCAGCGCCUGGGCCGGUGCCGAUGCCGAUUCUACGUUUAGCAUCAUGGAAAUAGAGAGAGACCUAGACCGAACCGCAGGUCAAACAUCGGCUGUUCGCCAACCAAUCCUCGACCGCAUGGCCACCGUCAUUGAUGCAGUCAUCAAAAAGGAGCAAGGCGGCCCCUUUGUCAAGAAUAAAAUCGAGGAGGCCACCCAAACGCUCCUCGCCAGCCUGCAGCCUCUCAUGAACAAAUUCUACAACUCCGCCGACGCCUUCCGCGACCUGGAGCAGGUCAUCGACAGCGCCUACGAGAUCUCGUGCAAGAUCCUCACCAGUCGCCUGACGUUCGAUUUCCGCUUCCCCGAAAUCGGCAGCCGCUUCUCUUCGCAGUCCAUGCUGCCCAUCUGGCCAAACAGCGACCCGUUGGAGCUGCAGGCGAAGCACUGGCGUGUGGCUCUUGUGACUACACCCGUGGUGACUUGCCGGAACGACACGGGCUCCAACAUUUCCGCACACUCUGUGUCUCUGGCGGACGUGUUUUGUAUGCAAUGA